AUGAAGGGGAAGGCCUCAGCGUUGGGAUUAGAGUACACUCCCUCUAAUCGUCUGCACAUCUAUCAAUGGUGUUGCAACGCCAAUGCUUUGUUUAACAUUUUCUCUGCGUUUAAGAUGAGAUAUGACGAGAUAAGAGUAGGCGUGUCAAAAAUACCAGUCGGAAAGCGUGGAAACACAACAGACUAUGUUGAUGUAUCACAAUACGGCCUUACACCUGCACAUCACGUGCUUUUAGAAGGUUCUACUUACAAGCCGGAGAGGAGAUCCGCAAUGGCACAAACUUUGGGGCCUCUUACUGCACUUAUGGCUGCCUACAAAUCAAUGGACCCAUAUCGAGCAAAAUGGAUAGAAGCAGUAAAAAGGCAUCUUGUUCAUAUAUAUAACGCUCCCAAUUUAUGUAACGCAAUGCAUGGGAAACUUAAAGUAUUAAAUUUACAGUAA